CAUGGAUGGAUUGACAUCCAAUUCACGGUCCGACGGGACCCAACAGGACCCUGAUUUUGACACAUCUGAAGCGAAAGUGGAAUCGACAACGACAACACAGCGACCGCUGAAGAAAAGAAGACGCGUCGUCAUAUCAUGCACCGAGUGCCAUAGGCGGAAGCAAAAGGUCUGUAGAUCGUAACCGAAUGCCUAGGUUACCUUAUACCUUAUGUACCGUACUAUUGUGGGUCAGGAUGUAAGAGACCACAGGAGCCGAUGGAUCGAAGCAAGCCAGGAAAAAAAGAGAGAGAGAAAAAAAGUAUGCUGACGGACUCACCCAUAGUGUGAUAGAGGUGAGAGGAAUAGCCACCUGCAACGAAGCAGGCAACGACCCAACAGGGUGCUCGCGUGAUGUUGAUUUCAAGCGUGUAGAUUCGCCUUGCGGUAACUGUGUAUCGAGGAACAAGCAGGAUGUUUGUCGCUACGAGUCGCCGCCAGCACCACCUUCGACCUCGAAGCGGAUCAAGCUUGACGAUAACUCUCGACAGAAGCAAGAGACCAGCCCCCAGGACUCAGUGAGUCGCCUGGAGCAUGUAGACUUGGGGGAAACCUUGCCAAGCAAGGAGGCAAACUUUGGCUAUGCAAACACCACACCGGCUGGCUCCAAUGGUGUUUCGACCCUGGGAUUGCUGCUCAAGAUCGACAAGGUCACGGCCUCGGGGCAGCAAGGCAACGUCGGUGACCACCUGACCCGAGUCACGGCAGAUUCGGAUCGGAGGGUGUCUGACGUUGGCAUCCGCGAGCGGUACAAGAGCAUCCUUCGACGGCUUCCUGCCCGCGACCAUGUCGAGAGGCUGGCUGAAAUAUUCCUAGAGGAGCUCAACCCAAACUACUACCCGCUGGAGCCAGACCUGUUUCGAAACCAACUUGCCGAGUGGUACGACGUCCAUGUCGACCUGCUCGACAAGUCUGGGCCUUAUGCCCUGACCCCCGAGAUGCGUCCAUUCGGCGCGCUUCUGUUUGAGAUAAUCGCUGUCGCCUUGCUGCUCCUGCCGUCUGAGAGCCCCCUUGCAACGCACUACAAGGCACUCAAGGAUGGCGAAGGCAUUCAAGUCGUGGACCUGGCGAUGGACUAUAGCGAGUCCGGUGUCGCCAUCCUGUCGCUGCUCGGCAAGAGGCAAAUGUCGCUGACGACGAUACAGGCCGGCUUCAUACGCGCCAAUUUUCUCAAAUACUGCGCCCUCGUCACGGAAGCGUGGCAUGCCAUUGGCAGCGUCAUCCGCGACGCGCAGGAGAUUGGUUUGCAUAGAGAGGCGCUCGAGCCAAAGCCCGAGGCCGUGACGGCCGGCGACGCCUAUGCUGCCACGGCUGCUGUUUUGCGAAAUCAAUGGCACAUCCAGCAUCGUAGGCGACUUUGGCAUGUCUUGUUCAUGUGGGACACACACGCCGCCGCAGUGCUGGGUCGACCGACCUCGGUAGGCGAGGAGAUUCAGCUUCCACUGCCGGUCGAUUGCCUCAUGCCGCGGGACCGUUCGUCAAGGCCUGUGCAGCCAAGGAGCGCUGACGACCCGCCUACUCCGCUCACUCGCAUGCUUUGGGCACUGAAAGCCAUGGUAUACCUGCGCCAGAUACUCAAGUUGGAAGCCAAAGGCACAAACCCACGGAACUUUGCAUGUGUUGACAAGCUGCAUCAGGACCUGGAGCGGCUCGAAGAUGAGAUACCACCUCAGUUCCGCCUGGAGAACCCAGAUAUCUCUUUCGACGACCAUCCGGAUUGUCGGUGGCUGCGUGCCCAGCGCACCCUUCUACCGCAAAUGUCGGCUUUUAAUUUUAUCGUGCUACACCGACAAUAUGUAUUCACACGAACGCAAUCCCGGAUCGAGGCCCUCAAGGCGUGUCUCAAGAUGCUGGGUGCUCAGCAAAUACAAUUUGCAGCUAUGAAGCCCGAGCAAUACAGAGCAUUUUCGAUCUUCUUUGGAACCUUUGACGCCGUCAUACUCCUUGCGACCCUGUACAUUGUCUUCCCCAAGGAGCAUCUGGAUUUGCUCCCGGAUGCUCUUCAGCACUUCCGAUUCGCGGUAGAGCGGUUCUCGGCCCUCUCUGCAUCCAACAACCUUGCCAGGGCGGGUGUAGGGGUACUCAGAGCGAUUUUUCACAGGUUGAGAAAAUCGCUUACGCUUGCUGGCUCAUGGCCGUCUGAAUGUAUCGACCAACCGUGGCACAAAUUAACAGACGCCGAAGUGCUUUCUUCCUUGGGCGGCGGCAUGGAUACAGUAGUGCCCAGCACUAAGGGGCAACAAGAAGGGCUCGCUCCACACACUGCACAUAUCCCUCGUCACUUGGGCGUUGGAGCUGAGGAUCAAUCGGGGCCAGCCAUUCGGGCACUUGCUCGGGACGGGGAGGAGUGGUUCUUGCCCGAAAACUUUGACUGGUCCGCGGUACAGCCUAUUGCCGCUACCAGCGACCUUCUCUACAAUGACUUGAUGGUUGGUGGCGGCUUGGACUUCGGUGGUACAGGUGGCCAGGAUGGCUGGCAGCAGCCGCAAGCCUGGUGGCCGACAGAUGCUACCGGGUCUGAAACUGAUGUUCAAACCGUCGGCCAUGGCGUUGGGUCUGGGGAUGGUCAACAUGAUGCCAACCCGCCAUUGCAGUUCGAAGGUCACUUUGAUCAGGGAAGUGUCUGGAACAUGCUAAACCUUUACAAUCCGCUUUAGUAAGAAACAGGUUGGAGGAGGAUUGCGCUUUCCUAUACUUCUUUCUCUAGCUUUGAGCUGUCCUGUGCGCCCACCCGUCAAGGUACACCUCACCUGCCUUAACUUGGCAGGUGCCUGAGAAGGUGGCUCAGGUUGGAUAAUGUUUCGAUGGGUUCAUGCUUGCAUUGUCCAGCUUGGACAAAAAAAAUCAGUCAAGUUGCGAAACAUUACAGGAGCUCCUGAGCUGAUUGAUACCCUCGCCAAUUUUUUAUUUUUUUAAAAAAAAAAAAAAAAAAAAGAAAUCA